UGAGAUGAAAACCAAGGAGUGCGGCACCCUGAGUCACCUCGGCUGAGCAGCAAGUAAAUUCCCUACGCUUUUCUAGUCACUCAUUCCAAACCCGAGUCUCGUGGGCCUUUGCGGGGCAUCGGUUGCUGCUGCAAAACCAGGCGACUCUGGGGUCCACCGGGAAAGAACGCUCGAAAUACAAAACUCCAGGUGACUCCCACACCACUCUACACCCGCCUGUCUGCACGGAAAUCCGAAGCCAACUCCCCGGAACCAGCCCUGGAUGCCGUACCCUGCGUGUUCAAAUUAUACAUGGGAUCCCCAACACUAUGUGGCUAUUUUUUUCUCCCACCUGGAUUUCCUACUCUGUAAAAAACGGAGAACUAAUCACCUAAAUUGGAAGAAUCGGGUAAAAAAAUCCCGGUUGAGAAACUGUUUUUUUGCAAGGUACGACCCGGAAGAAAGCGCCCAAGCCGCCGAGCCUUUGACCCGAAGAGGGCGGGGCCGGGCAUCGAUCGCUCGGCGCUCCGCUGCGCACUGGUCGCGAUCAGCCGAGUCGGGAGAGAUCGAUGCUCCCGGUGUGGUCCGCGAUAACAAAAAGGCCAGCCGUGGAAUCUUCGCCCCGACGGCCCCUGUGGACGCCCGCAACGAGAGACACGGCUAGGCCCAAGCGCCACAGAGGCAGCAGAAGGAGACUGGGUGCCACACUGGAUGGAGAUUGAGCAUAGGAGACCUCAAAGCCUGCCCACAGUGACACACCUACUCCAACAAGGUCACACUCCCUAAUGGUUCCACUCCUUGUCGGUGAAGCAUUCAAACACAUGGACCAACCCUAUUCAAACCAGCACAGAGCACUUCCCCGCAGAGUCAUUUAGCCAACAGUACAGAUCAUGUCUACAGAGGACACUGCAGAGCCCUGGAUGGGGUCCAGCACCCUCUGGAAGGACCUCAGGGUACUCCUGCCUGACACAAAGGAGGAGCUGAAGCUGGACCUCGGUGAGAAGGUGGACAGGAGCGUGGCCAUGCUGCUACAGCGGGCUGUGGAGCUAUUCUAUACAGGCCAUUGGCAGGAGUGCCUGCAGGCCAGCGAGGCCAUCCUGGAUUACUCCUGGGAAAAGCUCAACACUGGGCCCUGGAGAGAUGUGGACAAGGAAUGGCGCCGCGUGUAUGCCUUUGGCUGCCUCCUAAAGGCCCUGUGCCUGUGCCAGGCACCACAGAAGGCCACUGUUGUGGCCGAAGCACUGCGGGUGUGCGACAUGGGGCUGUUGAUGGGGGCAGCCAUCCUUGGGGACAUCCUUCUCAAAGUUGUUGCAGUACUCCAGGCACACCUGCUCCCAAGAAAGCAGCCUGCUUGUGGCCCCCACCAGGACCAGCCUGCUACCAAGAAGGCAAAGCCUGACUUCAACUCAGCUCCCGAAGUGGUGUUAGAGCGGGUGGUACCCAGGCUUCGCUGUCCAGCCCUGCAGUACUUCAGGAAGCACUUUCUAGUUCCUGGGAGGCCUGUGAUCUUGGAAGGUGUGGCUGACCACUGGCCCUGCAUGAAGAAGUGGAGUCUGCAGUACAUUCAGGAGAUUGCUGGCUGCCGGACUGUCCCCGUAGAAGUGGGUUCAAGGUACACAGAUGAAGACUGGUCCCAGACUCUCAUGACCGUCAAUGAGUUCAUCCAGAAAUACAUCCUGAGUGAGGCGAAGGACAUCGGGUACCUUGCUCAGCACCAGCUGUUUGACCAGAUCCCAGAGUUGAAACAGGACAUCAGCAUCCCUGAUUACUGUUGCCUGGGGGAAGGAGAAGAGGAAGAGAUCACUAUCAACGCUUGGUUUGGUCCCCCAGGAACCAUCUCCCCACUGCAUCAGGAUCCCCAGCAGAACUUCCUAGUCCAGGUCUUAGGAAGGAAGUACAUCCGGCUGUAUUCCCCGCAAGAGUCUGAAGCAGUAUACCCUCAUGAGACGCACAUUCUUCAUAACACCAGCCAGGUUGACGUGGAGAACCCCGACCUCGAGAAGUUUCCCAAGUUCACUGAGGCCCCAUUCCUGUCCUGCAUCCUUUCCCCAGGAGAGACCCUCUUUAUACCUGCUAAGUACUGGCAUUACGUGCGUGCCCUGGACCUGAGCUUCUCUGUCAGCUUCUGGUGGUCGUAACGGGGCCAGAGAGGGGCAGACACCUCACUCAAAGGCAGUGAGCCCAGUGAAGGUGUGGGCCAAGGAUUCUACUAGACUCCAGCAGCCCUGCUUCCCCAGCCAGUGUCUGUAAGAUACAUGUGUGUGUUGCAGAGCUGCUGUGUGUACCCCACAUACGUGUGGCCAAGCUGCUGUGUGUUCCUAGGCCAUCUAGAUUAUGGAUGCUUCUUUUUUUUCCUUUGUAACUUAAUUUUUUUCAAUAACACAAAUAAAAAUAUUUUUUCUUAA